AUGGAUCUCAUUGUUAAAAUGGUCCAGCAGAACAUGGGAGGAAUCAAAGGGGACGAUUACAAGAAGCCAGAGAAUGUUGUAUUAUUACUACAGGCUAUCUACUAUGAGUUGGGCUUCAUAGUGCUGUCGGUUCUGGGGGUGAUAUUUGUGCUGUUCAUGCCGGUCGUGGGCCUGUUUAUCUGUGUGUGCCGCUGCUGUGAGAACUGUGGGGGUGAGAUGCAUCAGAGACAGAAGAAGAACGGCGACUGCUUAAGAGGUUUCUACAUGGCCACACUCAUGGCUACCUCUGUCUUCCUCGCAGUGGGAGUGACGAUCGCCUACGCAGCAAAUCAGAACAUCACAAAUCAGAUCAAGAGCACCAGACGCCUCGUCAGCACUAACAUAAGAGACCUGAAAUCUUUUGCGAACCACACACCAGUGCAAAUAGACUAUCUCUCUGCACAGUACACAACAGCCAAGAACAAAGUAUUAUCAGACUUAGACAGUAAGUACUCUGUCUUUCUUCCUCUUUUAUGUAUCAGAGUGAACAUUCACAAACGUUCAAAAUUGCCUGAUGUUGAGGCACCUUUGGCCAGUCUGGAUUCUGUGCUUAAAACAGACCUCAGCAAUAUCGUACAGAAGGGCUACUCUUCUUUUAACGACACACCAAGGUUGGUCAGAGAACAGACAAAAGAAAUUUUGUCGGCUUUACCCAAAGUGAAAGGGCUGCUGGAUAAGUCUGGUGGAGAGAUAGUUGCUUUCACAAAGAUGUUCCCGGUUGAACCAGCACUUGAGAACUUCACAAAGUUCCUGACAGAGAGCCAGAAGAACAUUGAAGCGUACUAUCCACAGAUCGACCAGCUGGACUUCUACAGAUGGAUUGGAUGUGUGGUGAUUUGUUGUAUGGUUGUGCUGGUUCCGACCUUUAAUUUCCUGGGUCUGUUGUGUGGAUCAUGUGGUUAUGAUAAAAAUGCCACACCCACCACACGUGGCUGUCUGUCCAACACCGGAGGAAACCUACUGAUGGCUUCUGUUGGCUUCAGCUUCAUCUUCUCCUGGGUGCUCAUGGGAGUUGUAGUCACCUCAUUUAUUGUUGGGGGAAACGUAGAGAAGCUUGUUUGCGAGCCGCUGGCUAACAGACAGAUUUUUAAGAUAAUCGACACACCAUAUAUGGUCCAUCCUACCAAAAAGAACUUCCUUCCUGGCAUGCUGUUUCAAGAUCCAAACAUCGACCUUACUAUCGGCAGUAUGUACAGAGAUUGUUAUGAGAAUAAUGGUUUAUAUUCAGCACUACAACUGGAGACCAAGUUCAACUUCAACAAGUUUCUCAAUGCCACAGUGUAUAACCUGGAACUGACCAAGAUAUUUAAUAGUGUGAAUGUGGAUCUCCAGGGGAUGCUGCUUCUGGAACAGGAGGGCAAAGAUAACCUCAUUGACUUUGCUAACACAGGCAUUGGAGAAAUCGACUAUCAGGCUUAUCUAACUGAGGUGAAUAAAGGAGUGACCGUUGUGGAUCUUUUGUCCUAUGCAAAUGACCUUGAAGCUCAAGCAGACCAGCUGCCACGUGGGGCUCUUGAGAAUGCGCUCAAGGGUCAUGCCAGCAGUAUCAGACAGAUCCACAAAGAACAAGUGGUGCCAAUGGAACAGGCCAUGAAAUUUGUGAAAGCAAGGGGCACUCUAAGUCAAAGCAUCAAACUGCUUCAGAAAACAUCCAGAGAACUACCUAUUAAAGUGACAAAUGUUUUGAAUGCCAUUGAAGCAGCAGAGUACCUCAUCGCCAACAAUGCUUCACAUGUGGUCAAACAGGAGGCUGAUAAAUUCAUUAAGAAACUUGUGGGAUAUUUUUCACAAUAUACGGAUUGGGUCAAGCACUCUCUGGAAAUGGAGGUCGCCCAGUGCAAGCCCAUCAGCAACAUCAUUGACUCGCUGGAGAUCGUAGGCUGCAGCUUCGUUGUUGACUCAGUGAACACAUUCUGGUUUGGUCUGGGAGGAUGCUGUUUGUUACUCAUUCCCAGCAUCAUCUUAUCUGUAAAACUCGGCAAAUUCUACCGCAGGAUGGACACUGAGGACGUCUAUGAUGACGGUGCUGAGAGCUGGAACUAAAGAGUGUUUAGCAAGAUUCCAUGGAUGACAACCGAAGACGGAAAAAAGGGAAUAUAAUCUGUGAAAAUUUAUUUAGAAACAGUUUAUUCCAGUUUCUAACAAUAAAACAUACUUCAGACCUUAACUAAAGAAUUCCAAGCAUAUUCUACACACAGUUCAUUGUACAUGGUAAACAGAAAUGUGUUCUUUUUAUACACUUUCAACAUGCUUUUGAAAGUUUUGUAUGUAUUUUGUUAAUAUCUAUUUUAUAAAACAUGUCCUUUAGACAUAAUUGUGGGUACAUCUAGAUUUUGUAUUGUCUUUUUAACAUUUGAUAUAAAGGGGCAAGAAAGGUCUGUGUGUUGGUUAUUGAUCAUGAAACCAUGAAAUGAUGUUUCUGAACCAAACAUCUCAAGUUUGAAGGUCCAAGCAGAUUAAGUAUUUACAGUAGAAAAGUGCUUCAUUUAUCAUGUUAACUUUUCAGUUCUUCUGCGAAGUGUUACUUUUUGUACAUUGUAUUGUUCAACAAAUGAAUGAAUCAAGUAUUAGCUUAAAAUUUGAUAACUAUGUUGAAUGCACUGGAAAAGUCUCAAUGUGUUGAAAGACAAAUGAAGCCAAUGUCCUAAAAGACUGAUUGUUCCUGUUUGAAAUGUCAGUACGUUUGAUACAAGACAAUAAUUACACCACUAAAAACGAAUUCCUAUUAUAGAUCAGUUCAUCUUUUUUUGUUGUUGUUGUCUUUUUCUUCUUUUGAGUGUCUUAUGUAUUUGAUUUUCUUUUUGUGUUUACAUCCAUACAAGAAACUGAAAAUAGUUGAAUAUGUCCAGUGUGUAAUGUACUGUAAUUUGUUCAAAUACAGGUUUCAGUACAGCAUAUACAGUGGUAAUACAAUUCCACAUAGUUCUCUAUUGUACAAACCAAAGGUUUCUUAUAUUCCAAAAAGAAGGUUUGUGAAUGAAGUGAAGUUCCAAAUCUGUUAUGGAUACCCACAAAUCCAGACGUCUGUCUCACGGCCUGCUGGGAGAAACUAUGCAUGUGUUCUUUGGCAGUGGAGCAGUACAGAUCUCCAGGGUCGUGUUUUCACCCAUGUUAUGAGAUUCAAAGGCACUUGUAACAAGUGUUUUGGAUUUUUACAGAGCAAAUCCCACUGGAACACGGAGGCUGUGUGAACAUUACAAUUAAACAAUCAGCUCAACAUGGUUUUGUAAAAGGUACAAAUAAAAUAAUUACAUUUAUGUCACUUUUGCACCCUUUUUAAGC